AAAAAACAAAAAAAAAAAACCAAACUUUAAUUUCAAUUGGUAAUGGGCACACAGGAAGCAAUUAAGUGGUGGCUUCUUCUUUGUUGUUUCUUUAAAGUCUUUUGGUCAAGAAGAGAGUUUCCAUACAUACAAAGACUCUUUCUUUCUUCUCUCUCACAUAUCAAAAAGCUUCUUCCACAUCUGAUUCACUGAUCUGAUCCGAUGAAAGAGAUUACUGACUUCAGGUUCAAGCAUCAAGCCCUUUUGCAGGAUUAUCACGAGUUGCAAAAGGAAACAGAGUUUAGGAUGAAGAAGUUGGAGAUGAUGAAACAAAAACGAUCAGCCCUUGCUGCACAAGUUAGGUUCUUGAGACGCCGAUACAAAAACUUGAAGCAAGACCAAACUCUUGAAACAUCUCCCAGCGUGCUGAGGUUGUCGGAAUCUGGAGGAGAUUUAAAAGUGACAAGUAGCAAAAAAAAGAAGCACUCUGGUCUGAGAGCAUCUGUGCCAUGUUUUGAUUUGAAACACAAGGACACAGUUUGCAAUGACAAUGUAAGUUGUGACUUUGAGAGUAAGAGUCAGAAAAGGAGCAGAGGAAACGAGGUUUUGACAAAGUCCACUCCACUUCCUGAUCUUAACAACAAAGUCUCAGGCUUUGACCUAAACCGGAUCUCGAGAGAAGAAGAGGAGCCGGAAGCUAAAGGUGAAGCAACAAAGAAGGCAAUGUUUGGUAAUGGAAUCGAUUGUGAGAUGAAGUUGCCGAUUUGCAGAGACGUGGAGAAAGAGAUGAGUAGAGCAGUGAAGAGGAAGGUGUCAUGGCAAGAUCCUGUGGCUUUACGGGUUUGAUGUUUUUUUUUAGUAAAGAGUUUAUGAAGUAGGAUUGAGAUUAUUAUUUUUAGCACAAUAUGCUUUAUAUUAUGUAUAUACAAGUAUAGAUGAUGAGUUAGCAAGUCAUAACUUUCAUAUGUUCCAACAUAUGACAACUCCUGUCUUAGUGAUGAUAUUGAUUUAUCUUUUUUCAAUUCAAUAUGGUGAUUACAGAAUCUCGUGUGUUGUGUUGUAUGUUCUGUCCUUACUCAUUCUCUUUAGCUUGUACAUG